ACUUUCAUUAUGUCGCUUUGAGACGCCGCACGCGAGACGACGAGACUCCUUCUUCUCUGCUCUCGCCGAGUCGCCAUUGCGCCUGCCUCGCCACCGCUCUCCACUCGCCAUCGCUCACCACUCGCCACCACCAGUCCACCAGAGACCAGACGGCGCCUCUUCCUCGCCCGUCCCAAUCGCCUCUGCCUCGCCAGACGCCAGUCGUCGCCACCGUCUUCUGCCUCGCCAGUUGCCAGCUGAAAUCUCAGAAUCUCUACCACGAUGGUGAAGUCUAAAGCUCAAUCAAAGAAGCAGCAAAAGCGCGGCGUUGAUUUCAAAAAAAUAAGAAGAAAAGUUGGUCGAAAAUUGCCCCCGCCCAAGAACUCUACUAACACGGAAAUCAAAUCCAAAGCGAUUGUUCUUCCCGAGCAGAGUGUAGCUUUUGAGAAGGCAGGUUUAGCUGUGAGUAAGAAAGGGUUAACCCUGAAGGAGCUUCUUCAGCAAACAAGUCAUCACAAUGCUAGAGUCCGUAAAGAUGCAUUGGUUGGAAUCAAGGAUAUAUUUCUUAAAUACCCAGUUGAACUGAAGCUGCACAAACUUGCUGUUAUAGAGAAACUGCGUGAACGGAUUAGUGAUGAUGAUAAGUUGGUUCGUGAAACACUAUAUCAACUCUUCAAGUCAGUUAUUUUUCCUGGAUGUGUAGAGGAUGGCAAGGGGCCAUUUAUAUCCUUGAUAAUGGUGUACAUAUUCAGCGCAAUGACAAAUUUAGCAAUUGAAGUGCGAUUAAUGGCUUUCAAAUUUCUUGACCUUGUCAUCCAGAAUUAUCCAUCUACAUUUUCCAUGUACGCAGAAAAGAUUCUCCAAAAUUACGGAGAUAUUUUGCAGAAAAACAAAUUUUUCCUGCAAGACAAGGGAAAGAUAAAGACUGGUCUUUCUGGGUUGGUUCGUUGUUUAUCACUGUUACCAUUCAAAAAUAGGAGUGCUGGUGACUUGUCAGAUAAGAAGGAUAUUCCUGUUCAAGUGACAUUGCACGCUUUUGUUCCUGACAUUUCAAGUGAUUCCUCUGGGCUUUCUAGUUCUGGUGUUGUGGAGAAAUUGAAGAAUCUCUUACCUGCUCUGGUUAGUUGUUUCCAGGACUUCAGUCCCUUGGUUCAUAACAUGCCCCAAAUGGACACACAGUCCUAUGAUUGUAUGCUACUUAUACUUCAAAACAUAGAUCUUCUAGUCAGAUUCUUUGUUCUUGAAUCUCCUUACCAUCACACACAUGUUAACAUAUCUGAUCAAAGAAUUUCACUGCUGGCACUCAAAAAGCUUUGGGAUGAGUUUCCUUUCAAUCCAACUCAUGACCUCUCAAAGAAGGAAAAUGAUCGUUAUUUCAAGUUGAAUAUUGUAAUUACAGAAAUAUUUUUGAAGAUAAGUCAUUGGGACCACCCUCCCCCUGCAUUGAUGGAGAAAUUCCUUGAGUUCAUUGAAAUUUCACUUUCUGAAAAGAUUUGCCACCACAUGGAGUCUAGUAAGGUGAUUCAUGAAAAGCAAUUGCUUGCAUUGGUGUCAUUCACUCCAGAACUUAUUAUGCGAGUUUCUGGUUGUUGGAAGUCUCGCAUUCUUGAGGCUUUUACUAAGGCUUUCAAGAGUUGCAGCCCGGAGUCUUUGAUGAAAUUAGCUUGCCUUUCUGCAAUUGAAGAAAUGAUGUUCUCUGAACAUGAUUGGCUUUACCUGGAUACAAGUGAUCCAGAACUGCUACAUUAUCAGAUUACUUGGAUAAGGGAGCUUCCUUCUCUGCUAAUUGUUUUAGGUGAUAAACAUCCACUAUCUUCUAAGACUGUGUUGCGUCUUCAACUUCGCAUAGGACAAACGGCCGAGUUUGACUCCCCAUUUGCAAAGGAAUAUGAUGAGAUGCAGUACAUACUACGAGGUUUUUAUAGCACAACUUGCAAUGAAGGAGGUGUAAGCUAUGGCCCUUUCAUGAUGCUUUCUAGAGAUAUUCAAGAACUUUCCCUCUGCUGCCUAUAUUACUUCUCUAUCUUGGACUCAACAAUACUUCAGUCAUUGGUUUCAUGUUGCCUGUCUCAUGAACUUGAACCAUUUUUAGUUCUUCGUAUUUUACAAGUUCUGCACACAGCCUAUAAAGCAGGACACAUCCAGAUUGCAGAUUACAUUAGUUUUCUGAUCACUUUGGUUUCACGUCUCCAUGCUUAUCCUGAUAAUCAUGAGGGGAAAUCAAUCCGUGCAUCCUUUCGGUCGCUUACUAGUGCAGUUUGUUCUUGUUUGUCACAGAUUGGUGAUAACUGUUUUAUUUUCCAGAUGGUGGAGAGAGUAAUUACUGAUCAGAUUUUUCUUAGCCCACCAGUAGAUAACAUGAAUGCUCUUCUAAGGAUACUUACUGCAAUAGACACUGCACCAACAAAACUUUCAGAACCGAGCAUCGACAAACUCAGCCAUGUCCUUCCAAAAUAUUUACUAGAUGUUGCAUCUGAUCUUCCAGGAGAAGUUAAUGAGCAGAAUUCCAGCUUGAGUUUAAAGAGAAGUCAGUAUUAUCUUCUUCCUUGCUUCUUCCUAUUUCAAAGGAGCAACAAUCUAUUAAGUAAAGUGUUGAAAGAGAUGGGGUCAGUAUUGGCUGAAAACCGUUCGCCCCCAUUGUCUUACCAUCACGAAUUUCCACAAAUCAACCAUAAGAGCACUCUCGUGGCAAGCGUGUCCGUUCUCCUGCUUUUGCACAGCGAUAUUAAAAUGAGGCGAGUUCUCUCGUCAUGCAAGCCGGAAAUCAACAGUAUUCUAGAAUACAUGGUCGCUCUUCUGGCUUCAGAGGGCAAUAACAUGACUAUAGACGAAAGGCAUGAGGUACAAAGAGCUUGCGAUAGGCUUACAACUGCGACUACUACUCUUCUAGCUUAGUAUUUGGCUUAAUUACACUAAAUGGAUAUUUCAUUUCUUAUGUGUAGUAUAUUAUUCUUUUUUUGUUUUCA